AUGGUGCCGCCAAAGCGGGACUGGGGGGCUGAAGGCAUGGCUCUGGUCCUCGAGUACCAUGAUUGCUCCUCGGCCGCGGCUGCGGCGGGGCUCCUUGCCGUGCUGACCGAGCACUUUUUGGACGCAGACUGGCUGGCGAAGGGUCUGGGCGUGGCGCUGGUCGAUGGCAGGGACGUGGUGCGAGCCCGGCAGGCACUCGAGGCGCUCCUGGCGGCCCACAGUCGCCCACCCCAUGGCCCGGCCUCGCAGUUGGCAUUUCCCCCGCCCACGAGCCUGCACGGCGCCGCGGUCUUCUCCCUGGCCUCGGUCCAGGAUUCGACGCCUGCCGUGCUGGGCAUGCGGCUCCACGGCAGGUCUGGGCGCCUGCCCAAUGCUGACCUCGCCGCGACGCUGUCGAGGGUCGCCGAGCUUACCCCCGGCCCCGCCCGCUUCGACCGGGCCGGGAUCUUCACGUGGGCAGUCCUGGAACCCACCCUGCGCUCCUUCCUCGCCACGGCGGCGGGGGCGGGAGACGGCCUGCACGCCGUCUUCCUAGAGGCGGGCACGGACGCCGCGACCCUGGACUGGCCACUGCCCGAGCCCUCGGACCGGGGCGCCAUGCGCCAGGCGCUGCGCAGCAUGGAAGGCAGCCUGCGCGCACUGAGCAACCUAGAGGAGCGCCUGCACCACGCCAGCUCCAUGUACUGGCCGGCGGGCGGGCGCCACGUUGUGGACGGAGCUGCACUUCUCGCCGCAGGAAUCGCCUGCCUUGUUGCACUCGCUCUUGAGCUAGGGCAUUCCGAGGAUGCGGAUCCCAAUCCCAGUUCCCACACGGUCGUUGGAUUGCCCAGCCUUGCAGCCCUGUCCCUGAGGCACGCCCUCAGCGUCCACCUGGCGUGCCACCUCGGGGCGGCUGGCGCGCUGUGCUUGCCACGGCUCUCCGCCGAACGCAUCGGUGAGGCGGGCGUUCUGGCUGUCGCUGCCGCCGCCUGGGUGCUGGCCGCGGGUGAAGCCGCCGGUGCCCCACCCGGCCCCAUCCCGCUGCCGAAACUCACCGCCGGUCUGUGCCUCGUCUUCGGGCCUGCCCUGCUCCUGCUGAAUGCCCCGCUGCUGAUCCUGAUGACCUUGCUUCCAUCCUGGUGUGCAGGUGUGUCCCUGUCCUGCUGUAGGCAUGGCGAGGAAUUCGAGGUUUGGGGUUGA